AAUAAACCAGGCCAACCAGCAAUCAAUUUUCAAUGAAAAUCUUUAAUUAGAUGCUUCAACCUCCAGCAGCGACAUUGUAGCCAGAGCCACAUAAUCCUUAUCAACCAUCAAUACGAGCAGUUAAUUAAGAUUUUGAAGAGAAUAUAAUUUAAGCAGCACGAUCAAUUAUCCCAUGACAAGAUUAAGUUUGGUUAUCUGUUUUGUGGUGCUUUGUUUAAGUUUGGUCAUUUCGAUCAUUCGUCGUGGUCACCUACCGUUGCCUACAAAACAUGUUGCGUUAUUCAUCUUUGGAGAUUCGCAUUUUGAUGCUGGAAACAAUAACUAUAUAAACACCACAACUUAUUAUCAAGCAAAUUUCUGGCCCUUCGGUAAAACCUUCUUUAAUUAUCCUACUGGCAGAUUUUCGGAUGGCCGUUUAACUCCAGAUUUUAUUGCUGAGUAUGCAAAAUUACCCUUGAUUUCACCAUAUUUGCAGUCUUCUAAUCAUCAAUCUACCUCUGGGGUGAACUUUGCAUCUGCCGGAGCUGGUGUUUUAUCUGAGACUCAUCAAGGAUUAGUGAUAGACCUUAGAACUCAGUUAAGUUAUUUCAACAUUGUGGAGAAGCAGUUGAAGCAGAAACUAGGUGAUGAAGGAGCCAAAACUUUCUUAUCCAAAGCUGUUUACUUAAUUAGCGUUGGAAGCAACGAUUACUCUGUUAUUUUCACCACAAAUCCAAGUGUACAUCAAUUUUUCAACUCUAGAAAGGAGUAUGUAGAGACUGUGAUUGGCAACGUGACAACUAUAAUCAGAGAAAUAUACAAGAAAGGUGGAAGGAAAUUUGGGUUCUUAAACUUGGGGCCAUUGGGUUGUAUUCCAAGCAUGAAAGUACUUGUUCCUGACGCUGAAAGCAUAGGUUCCUGCCUGGAGGAAGCUACAGAGACAGUAAAAUUACACAACAAAGAACUUUCUAAAGUCCUUCUUGAACUAGAGAGUGAGCUGCAAGGAUUCAGAUAUGCUAAUCAUGAUUUCUACGCUUCUUUAACUGAAAGAAUUAACAACCCAUCAAAAUAUGGUUUUAAGGAGGCGAUGGCAUGUUGUGGCACUGGUUCGUUGAGAGGAAUAUUGAGCUGUGGAGGGAAGAGAGCUAUAAAAGAAUAUCAAUUAUGUGAUAACCCCGGUGAAUAUUUGUUCUUUGACGGUGAUCAUCUUACAGAAAGAGCCAACAAGCAAAUUUCAGAACUGAUGUGGAGUGGAGCUCCAGAUGUCACAGGGCCUUACAAUUUGAAGAAGCUGUUUGAACAUAUGUAAUUUUGAUUUUGUGUUUCUUAGUGUAAUUCGUCAUUCACGUUCAUUAUCUAGUAUCAGAACCACUUAAUUAAUAAAUAUAGAGAGAUUAGAAA